CUUCUGCCACCUGAAGAACCUCUGCUGCGAUGUGAGGAUGACCUCCUCCUCUUCCUCGGCGCCCCGGCUCCCCCAGCUGCCCUACCAUUCCUUCCCCAACCCCCCCCGCUCCCUGGACUCCUGUGUAAAAGCCGUUUCCCAGCAACUGGGACCAUCAGAACAGACCUGCCCUGUCUCCCAGUACGACUCUUCCUCCUCCUCCUCUUCCUCGUCGUUUGGGGCCCUCGCCCCGCCUCACCCGCUGCAGUCCUCCUGUCUCGGUUCCAUCCCCCCCUCGUCUUCCCCCUGCCCCUCGCUCGCUGGCCCGUGCGAAACCGACGAGAGCCGGGGGUUCUCUCAGUAUGACUUCCAGUUUCGGUCCAACGGAACCAGCUGCAGGUUCCAGAACCCAGCCGGGUCUGCAGAGUCCCAGCUGACCCAGCCCUCUGUUCCCACCGAGGACCUGUAUAACUUCCCAUCCCCUCCCAGCAGCGGCUCUGGACCCGCGGCGGCUGGGUUUUCCCCAGCGCUGUCGUUACAGUCCACCACGGCCGGACUCUCAGUUCCUGUGAAUCCCAGCAAACAGCGACUGUUGGACAAGAAGAGUCAGUACGAAGCGGGUCUGAUCAGAACCCCAGAACUGCUGUCCUUGGACGACCUCUACGGAGGGAGGAGCGCUGCAGAUCUCCGCGGACCAGAGGAGAGUGAUGAGUUGGAGUAUCUUCCUGCUGGUCGCUCCUGACGGUUCCCGGGAAUGCUUCGUCGUUCCGACUCAUUAAUCCUAUCGUAUGCACAGGGGCGGUUCAGGAACGCCGAGGUUCUGUUGCCUUCUGGACCCGAAACACUCGUUCAGUCAGACAUUAGGAAUCUGUCCUGACCCACUCAGACAGAACCGGGGUUCUCCUGCAGAACGCUGGGAUCCGCUCAGAUCGAUCUGAUCAGCCAUAUUUAAUAAUGUUUGUGGAACUUUAUGAUUUUAUAAUGAUAAAUAAAAACGGCACAUUGCA